AAGUAGAAGAGAAAGCAACAAACAAAACUAAGAAAGAAAGAAAGAAGGAAAGAGCAGAAUAAGGUGUCUGUCUCUCCCUUCCCUUGGACUGAUUCCUUUCAAUCGCAUAUCUCCCUCUCUCUAUCUAUCUAUCUAUAUCAAGAGAUAUAUAUAUUCCCAACAACGAAUUGAAGCAUAAGGAAGGAAGGCAGAGAAGGAAAAGAAAAGGCAGGGCAUAUGAAUGGAAAAACAGUUGGGUGAAGAACAAAGAUGAUGAUGAUGAUGAUGUUGAUAUCGAGGUAGAGAAUAGUAUUUCUUGAUCAUCAACACAGUUAGGCCUUGGCAUAUCUCUCUUAUUGAAGAAUCCGCCUUGUCUUGGGUUGGCUUCUGUUUCAUGUUUCUUUUGUGUUAGGCCUGGCCUUCACAUUGCUCCACCCUCUUAUUUUGCUUUUCUUUCGCACAUAUACCACCUUACCCAGUUAAGGUACUUGAUUAUUUAGUCCCUUCCACUUCUCUUUAUUUUUUUGGUUAAUUCAUCGCGUCUCUAUUAAUGGCUGUUCAAGCUCAAUACCCCUCCAACGUUCCUCUCUUAAACAGAAACGGACAAGAACCGAACAAUUAUUCAUUGCAACCGCAGCCGGGAGGAUUUCUUGAUCAAUCUCACAUGUUUUUCAACAAUGGAGUAUCUAAUCCACGCAAAAGAGGAAGAGAAGUAGCAACACCCAGUACUGGCAUCACCGCCCCAAUCAACACAUACACUAUGCAACAAAAAACCCCACCUCUUCAGCUAAUCGACCUUUCACAGCUUCACAGUCACCCACAGCAAAAUGUUAUCUCCACUGGCCUCCGCUUAUCUUUUGGUGACCAACAACAGCAGCAACAGCUACAACAAAAUCACCAUUAUCACCAGCAACAGCAGAAUUUUGCAUGUCAAUCGCAAGGCGGCGGCUUAUUGUCUUCAGUAUCAGAAGAUUUGGCAAUGCAAAUCAAACGACAGCGAGACGAGUUAGACAGAUUCCUGCAAGCCCAGGGAGAGCAGUUGAGGCGCACAUUAGCCGAGAAACGGCAGAGGCACUACCGUGCGCUGCUGGGGGCGGCAGAGGAAUCCAUAACCAGGAGACUGAGAGAGAAGGAGACCGAAGUGGAGAAGGCCAGGCGCCGGAACGCAGAGUUGGAGGCACGCGCAGCGCAACUAGGCGUUGAGUCACAGGUUUGGCAGGCAAAGGCAAGAGCACAGGAGGCGACGGCGGCAUCUUUGCAGGCGCAGAUUCAGCAAGCUAUAAUGUCCGGGGGACUCGCGAAGGACAGCAAGAGAGGGGAGGACGGGACAGGAUGCGCUGGGGGCGUAGAGGGUCAGGCGGAGGACGCCGAGUCGGCUUACAUCGACGCGGAACGAGUCACUGAGUCCGGGCCGAGUUGCAAAGCGUGCCGAAAACGAAUCGCGUCGGUGGUGCUGUUGCCGUGUCGGCACCUUUGUCUCUGUACAGAAUGUGACAGAGUGGCAUAUGCUUGCCCACUUUGCCUCUCCGUUAGAAAUUCCAGUGUGGAAGUGUUUCUGUCUUGACGCCACCCAAUGCAGGGGAGCCCAUGUCCCAGGAAUUCCCCCCAAGUCCCAACUCCCAACAAUGGUAAAAAUGAAAAGUUUUUUUUUUUAAAAAAAAAUUUGAGAUUAUUAAAUAAUGAUGAUUAAAAUAAAUUUUUAUUUUUAUUUUUGGUGCAUUUUGGGUGAAGAUGUUCUCUAGUACCCCCAACAAUGACUCUUUUUUUGCCUUUUUGGAUCCUCUCUUGGAGUGAAAUAACCUAAGAGGUAAUGUACAUGGCCAAAUGGGUAGAGGCAUUUUCUUUUUUUGUGAUGAAAUUUAAUUCUACAUAAAUUCUUUUAUUGGUU